UCGUGUUUGGUCUCCCCUUGUUGGCCCCUCCCUUUGUUUCUUUUCAAAGUGUCACUACUAUCAGUUUAAGGUGCAAAAUAGAAGAGAAUUACAUAGGAAGAAGAAAUAGGUUAAGGAGAAAGCCAUGGGAUGCUUCCUAUGCUUCCUCUGCACAGGAAAAUCAAAGAAGAAAAUUAAGUCCCAGAAAUCCCACAAGUCUGAUGAUCAGAUCCCAUCAUCAAUAGAGAAGCUGAAGGUAAAUCCUUCAUUCAGUGUCAAAAGUGAAGCUUCUAAAGAUGGAGGAUCUGGACAUAUUGCUGCGCAUACAUUCACAUUUCGUGAAUUGGCAGCUGCUACAAAGAAUUUUAGGGCCGAUUGUCUGUUAGGGGAAGGAGGCUUUGGUAAAGUGUACAAAGGUCGAUUAGAGGGUACUAAUCAGGUUGUGGCUAUAAAGCAACUUGAUCGCAAUGGCUUGCAAGGAAACAGGGAAUUCCUUGUUGAAGUACUAAUGCUGAGCUUGCUUCACCACCCGAACUUGGUGAACUUAAUCGGGUACUGUGCUGAUGGGGAUCAGAGACUUUUGGUUUAUGAAUACAUGCCAUUAGGAUCACUGGAGGACCAUCUCCAUGACCUUCCACCUGAUAAAGAUCCACUUGACUGGAAUACAAGAAUGAAAAUAGCUGCCGGUGCUGCAAAAGGCUUGGAGUAUUUGCAUGACAAAGCAAGCCCUCCUGUUAUCUAUCGUGAUUUAAAAUGCUCAAACAUUCUGCUUGAUGAAGGAUACUAUCCCAAGUUAUCAGAUUUUGGGUUAGCCAAAUUAGGUCCAGUUGGGGAUAAGACACAUGUAUCAACUAGAGUAAUGGGAACCUAUGGAUAUUGUGCACCAGAGUAUGCAAUGACUGGACAGCUUACACUGAAAUCGGAUGUUUACAGUUUUGGAGUUGUUCUUCUGGAAAUCAUAACAGGCAGAAAAGCAAUUGACAAUUCAAGAGGUGCUGGGGAGCACAAUCUUGUUGCAUGGGCACGUCCCUUGUUCAAAGACCGAAGGAAGUUCUCUCAGAUGGCUGAUCCAUUGCUUCAAGGUCAAUACCCAUCAAGAGGCUUGUAUCAAGCUCUCGCUGUUGCUGCAAUGUGUGUUCAGGAGCAGCCAAACAUGCGCCCUCUUAUGGCAGAUGUAGUCACAGCCUUAAGUUAUCUUGCUUCUCAGAGAUAUGAUCCUGAGACUCAGCCAGUCCAAAGGCCGCGCUCAGGCGCAUCCACACCAAGAACAAGAUGAUUGCAGCGGUUGAGAGCACAAUCUAAGUUGACGACCUAAUUGAAUAUUCUGAUCCCUCUUCCACCAGUAUCAAUCCAAGGAUGGUUAGCUGCAGCUGGCAAUUUUUGUACGUCUGAAUGGUGAUGCAUCUUUAACAGAUUUUCUCGCCACUCUAUGCAAAAGGUUUGAUGAAGCUGUUACAGUAUACUAUAUUUCUUCCUGGAAAGGAAGCGAAAGAACCAGGAUUUUUUGAACCACACCAUAGUUGCCUUGCCAGGAAACCCCUUUCCUUUCUCUCUUUUUUAAGUUUAAUUAGUUAUAGGUAUCUUUAAUUUGAUACUUUACUUUCCCUGUCCGCUGUGCCACUAUCUGCUUGUGUAGAAGUAUUUUGCCACGGCUUUGAGUAGCUGGAUUUGGUAACCUUUAUGCCAUCAUACAGAGGAACAAGAAAGUUGUUCUAGCGAUAUUCUUAUGUAUAAAUAUGUAAAGAAACUCGAGCAAUUUGUAGGAACUGUUUUUCUUCUGAAAUGUGAUGAUUAAUUUGAACUACA